UUGGCUGGACGGGACAUGGCAUGGUGGCCGAUUGGGGCCUCCCUGUUCGCCAGCAGCGAAGGCUCAGGCCUUUUUAUAGGACUUGCCGGCACGGGGGCAGCCGGAGGCAUUGCUGUGGCUGGGUUCGAGUGGAAUGCGACCUACGUGCUGCUCGCCUUGGCCUGGGUCUUUGUUCCCGUGUACGUCUCGUCCGGGAUCGUCACCAUGCCUGAGUACCUGGGCAGGCGCUUCGGCGGGGAGAGGAUACGCAUGUACCUGUCGGCCCUGUCACUGAUGCUCUCGGUCUUCACCAAGAUAUCGACGGACUUGUACUCUGGAGCCCUGUUUAUCCAGGUGUGUCUUGGUUGGAACCUGUACCUGUCCACCGUGCUGAUGCUGGUGGUGACAGCGCUGUACACCAUAGCAGGUGGCCUGGCAGCAGUGAUCUACACCGACACGCUGCAGACCUUCAUCAUGAUCAUUGGAGCAGUCAUCCUCACCAUCACAGCCUUUAACAAGAUCGGUGGUUACAACAACUUGGAGGGCGUCUACCUCAAGGCCAUCCCCUCCAAGAUCAUCCCCAACACGACGUGCCACCUGCCCCGAGCUGACGCUAUGCACUUGUUUCGAGACCCGGUAGCAGGCGACCUUCCCUGGCCUGGCAUGACCCUGGGCCUCACCAUCCUCGCUACGUGGUACUGGUGCACCGACCAGGUUAUUGUGCAACGGUCCCUGUCUGCCAAGAACCUCAGUCAUGCCAAGGGGGCCUCGAUCCUGGCGAGCUACCUCAAAAUGCUGCCCAUGAUCUUUAUCAUCCUUCCAGGAAUGAUCAGCAGAGCGCUCUACCCAGAUUCUGUCGGCUGUGUGGACCCAGAGGUGUGUAAGAAGGUGUGUGGAGCUGAAGUGGGCUGCUCCAACAUUGCCUUCCCCAAACUGGUCAUCGAGCUCAUGCCCAGCGGCCUGCGCGGGCUGAUGAUUGCAGUGAUGAUGGCCGCCCUCAUGUCCUCCCUCACCUCCAUUUUUAACAGCAGCAGCACGCUUUUUACCAUAGACAUCUGGAGGAAGUACCGCCGUAGGGCCAGUGAGAAGGAGCUGCUGCUGGUCGGCAGGAUUGUGACUGUGAUUCUGGUCAUCGUCAGUGUGGUGUGGAUACCCAUCCUGCAGAGUGCCAACAGUGGACAGCUCUAUGUCUACAUUCAGUCUGUCACCAGCUAUCUGGCCCCACCUGUCACUGCCAUCUUUGUGCUCGCAGUCUUCUGGAAGAGGACCAACGAGAUGGGAGCGUUCUGGGGUCUGAUGGUGGGUCUUGUGGUCGGCCUCACUCGGAUGAUCAUGGAGUUUGCGUAUCCCCCACCCCGCUGCGGAGUGUACGACCCGCGGCCUGCCGUACUGCGCAACGUUCACUAUCUGCACUUCGCCAUCAUCCUAUGUCUUCUGACUGCUGUCGUGGUGGUUGUAAUCAGCCUGCUUUCUGCUCCCCCCACAGAAGAUCAGAUCCGAAACCUUACGUGGUGGUCUCUGAACCAGGACAAGGUCGACCCAGAAAUCCCUCUCCGGAAAGCUUUAGAUGGACCAACACCGUUCUGGUCCCGGUUCUGCUGCGGCAACGCCAUCCUCCUCAUGUGCAUCAACAUUUUCUUCUACGCCUACUUUGCGUAG